ACAACAUUAAAUUAUUCAUUGCCACCUACUCGCGACUUCAUUAAGGACUUGAAAAAGAGAUGUUGCGAAAGUGUUCCGCUAAGCGGUAUGACAUUUAGAGCAGUGAUUAUUUACCAAUCUAGCCGGUAAAUAUUGCUUUCGUGUCAAACCAGCCAACAGAUUAUGGACAAAAUUAAGCUGUAAAUCUAAUUUCUGUGUCCAACAAAGGGUUAACAGACCGUGGUGAGGUCUAAUUUAGCCGUCUUUUCACAACGCGAUAAUUCCACCAACAAUGGAACACACAGAUGUCCUGAUCUGCUAAACAAAUACUUAAAAUGCAGCAGCAAACACCGAGAUUACAGCUCAAGUUACUUGAACGAACGCAAACUCGUAAAAUUGCCUAACACUGUUGCGCAAAGCGGCUAAGUUAUACAGGUGCCACUUUCCGCUGGAAAUCUGCUCCCUUCUUAAACAGGUGCCUUGCGAAAGCGCGUCCAGUGUGCAAAGUAUUUCUUUGGCGAAGCAUUUGACACGCUGAAACUUUUAACGAUGAGAGAAACUGUCUACGAAAUUCCACCAAAGGGCCAAGGAAUACCUUAUAAAGAUUGGGCAACAACAGGUAAAGAAGAUAAAGCUUUCUUCCCCUAACUUAACUCUAAAAGCUGGUACAUUUUUUGGAUGCACAUGAAAUGAAAAUGUUUGUCAAUUUGUACUUUACUGUCAUGGCUCGGCCUUACUGUUGUGGUAUUCGUGUUUGCAGUGAAAGAGGCCAGAGCUCGGCAGAUUCCAGUCGGUUUACCUCAAAACUUGAAGAACUACUUCGAGAAUGCUUUGAAGAAACCUCCGAUUUCUAAUAUGUUUGGCGGAGACCUGCCACAGGCACAUGCGCAACGCAAGUCACAUGACGCGAAGACAAGAAAAACUGUGCUUAGUCAUGUGAGCAGGAACAAUCCGCAUCCCACGAUAUUCUUCCCUUUUCAAACUGGCGAUAGGCUUCAGACAUACAUGGUCUGGAUACCAGCUGACAAGGGCUCUAGCUGCUCUCUCCCACCCGUCCCUCGCAAGGCACAAGGCGAGCGGUCCCCUCCUUCGAGAAACAGCCAAUCGAGAAUGAACAGAAACUUUGGGCAGUUCGCGGGUCUUUACCAGACCACUUAUCAGGAAGAAAUUGCACGAACUCCUUUUCUUAGGAGAAAUGUCAAUAUGGGGGAUCACUUUCCAAACUGCAGUAUCAAGAACAGUAACAGAAGCCCCUUACAUCGACUUAAAGUGAUGUGAAUAGCGUCAGGGAAACAGCGCU